GCGUCAAUUGAUGCUAUGUAUGGACAGCUGUUGAGUGUGCAAGCGUCCACCAAGUGUCAUGAUGUGUGUCCCAGAGUCUAUCGCGUGGUUUGUGCUCAGCAUGAUGGAUGUUUUCGCACCUUUGCCAACAUCUGUGUAAUGGAAAUGUACAACUGCAAGUAUCAGAAGGCAUAUCAAAUUGUAUCGGAAAAAGCUUGUGAAAUCAUCAGCAAUAAGGAGCUACAAAAAUUGGAGCUCUAG